UGUUUCAAUUUAUGUCAUUGCAUCAGAAUUUUGGCACUAGAGUAAAUGCCAAGAAAACCUAGCCUAAACUCAAAUGAGAAAGUCCCCACUCAAUUCAAGGGAGGUUAAUCUAAAGGUCACUGCACUGUCAAUGAUUGAAAUUGACCAAAUUUCACCUUUAAAAGCCUUUUAAACAUUGUUAUUGGAUGUGUGCAUAAGCAUGAACUUAGCGAGGAAUUUGUCGACCUUUUCGGCUCGUAGAGUGUUACAGUCAAAAUGUGCAGCAUGUUUAACACUGCAGAAGUUUCAAGUGUCAACAGGAUCAGGGUGCAGUCAAACUGGAGCGUCUAAACUCAAAGUCAAACGUUUUACGCCACGAAGAGCAGUGUUAUAUAUUCCUGGAAGUGAUGAGAGAAAGUUAAAGAAAAUACAGAUACUAGAAGUAGACUGUGCUGUCAUGGACUGUGAGGAUGGGGUCGCUGCAAACAGAAAGGUCGAAGCAAGAGAAACAAUCAGGCGUAUGUUGGAUACACUUGACUUUGGACAUACUGAAUGUGUGGUUCGGGUAAAUGCCGUGAGCAGUGGACUAAUGGAGGAAGACUUGCAUGUCAUUUUGCAGGCAGAUAAUCUUCCUCAGACAAUAAUGAUUCCAAAAGUAAACAACGUGUCCGAAAUAGCUUCUAUAACACAGUACAUUCAGGCAGCUCUAAAGGACCGAACUCUUCCACAUAAGAUCUCAUUAGUGUUGUUUGUUGAGAGUGCGUUAGGACUGAUCAAUCUUCGAGAAAUUUGUGAAAGGGGCACAGAACUCUCGCUACGAUCUAACAUCUAUAAUGUUGAUGGACUGGUCUUUGGGUCAGAUGAUUUUUGUGCAGAUAUUGGUGCAAAAAGAUCCACUGAAGGAUCAGAAGUUCUGUAUGCCCGUCAGAAAUUUGUUACUAUAGCCAAAGCCUUCAGACUUCAGGCUAUAGAUAUGGUGCACAUAGAUUAUAAAGAUCAAGAGUCUCUAAGGGAGCAGUCAGUCAGUGGGGCCAACAUGGGUUUCACAGGUAAACAGGUGAUCCACCCCUCCCAAAUACCUAUUGUACAGGAAGCUUUCAGUCCCAGUGAGGAACAUAUAGACUGGGCUAAAGGUCUUAUCAAAGCAUUCGAGGAUCAUCAGUUGUCAGGAACUGGAGCGUUUACAUAUAGAGGUCACAUGAUUGAUAUGCCGCUACUGCUACAAGCCAAAAAUGUCAUCCAGCUAGCCGAGGCGAUACACGCUGUGAGGUAGUUGAGAGAAAAAUGCUGCAGAUUUCACAGUACUAGGAUAGGAAGCUUAUCUUCAUUGCUGUGUCAAACCGACUGUUCCGUGUGAUUGCCGUGUCACAUCAAAUAUUCCAUGUAUGUUGAUUAUGUAAUAUCAUCAUGUUUGUGGAGUUUAUUGUCCACAUUGGGCAAGACUGCAUGUUUGGAUGGGACAUUUCAGCACCACUUGAGAGAUAGAGGCUUUAGAUGAAUGUUGAGUUACCAAAAUGUGUAAUUACCAUGCGUUACAACUGAAGCAUUAUUUGAAAACUAAUAUCUAUAUUUCUGAACUAUGUAUGAAGUCUGCAUAGAAUGUUCUAUAUGAAUAUGACUGAUGAUAGUGAAUAAUUCUGCAGAGUAUGCACUAAAUGAAUGUAACUGGUGAAGAAGUCUUCAGAGAAUGUUAUAUAUGAAUAUAACCACCAAAUAAGUACA